CCCGUCACCACUGCCUCCUCCAUCUCCCAUUCUUCCCUCCCGUCCCCCACACCGCUGGGACUUCUCCCCGAACCGCCGCCAUCGCCAUGGCAGCCGCUGUUGCGCCGGUCAUCUCCCCGAAGGAAGAUCUCCCCCCUCCACUCAACUCCGCCUCCGAGCCCCCUCCGCUCUUCGACGGCACCACCAGGUUGUAUCUUGCAUAUCACUGCCCGUACGCGCAGCGCGCUUGGAUUACCAGGAACUGCAAGGGCUUACAGGACAAGAUCAAGGUAGUCGCCAUAGAUCUGGCAGACAGGCCAGCUUGGUUCAAGGAGAAAGUUUACCCGGACAACAAGGUGCCUGUCCUGGAGCAUAACAACCAGGUGAAAGGAGAGAGCUUGGAUUUGGUCAAGUACAUUGACAGCAACUUUGAUGGCCCGGCAUUACUACCUGAUGAUUCUGCAAAGAAGCAGUUUGCUGAGGAACUGCUUGCGUUCAGCGAUGGGUUUAAUAGUGCAUUUUUCUCAUGCUUACGCUCCAAGGGAGAUGUAUCAGCUGAAGCUGCUGCUGCUGUGGAUAAAAUAGAAGCUGCCUUGGGAAAGUUCAGCGACGGACCAUUCUUCCUUGGCCAGUUCAGUUUGGUGGACAUUGCAUAUGUGCCGUUCAUCGAAAGGUUUCAGAUAUUCUAUUCUGGUAUCAAGAAGGAUGAUAUCGCCAAGGGCAGGCCCAACCUUCAGAAAUACAUUGAGGAAGUGAACAAGGUGGACGCAUAUACACAGACCAAACUGGACCCACAAUUUCUGCUUGUUCAAAUGAAGGAGAAGUUUGGCAUUGCUUGAAGACGUGAGCAAGGAUAACCAACAUGCCAAGGAGCCACCGCAGCAUAGCAGAAGAUGAAGCAUUUAUAUAUUUCGAAUAAGACAUGCAUGCCAUGCGUACAAUAACAAAUAAACUGGGUCGUACCGUAAACUUUUCUUAUCACGUGACGACGGAGGAUCAUUCUGUGUUGUAACGAAUGCUCGUGAACUUGAUGAACUGGUGCUUCUCCCUUAUCAAUUUUAGUUGUUGACACGUGUGCUAA